GGAAACCACGCCUAUGCUAUCUUGACACUUCACACUGCUGGAAAACUGAUCGCUGUAUAUUACAGUGCACGUGCGCUUUCAAACAUCAUCAUGGAAGAGGCGCCUCCACCGUUUCGAUGCUUUCGUGAAUCACACUCAUCUGAGCUGUUCAAUGAUGACGACGUGCAAACGGUGACCUCGAAAGAGCAGAGAAAAGUUGAACGCAGUAUUCAAGAGGUAUACAGUGUUUACCAGCAAAUGCACACCUCACCACAGCCCGCUCUACUUCGAGAACAACACUAUCAUUAUUUGAAGAAAGGUUUAAGCCAUCUCUCUGACGCAUAUGAGUGUUUGGAUGCCAGCCGGCCUUGGCUCUGCUAUUGGAUCCUGCACAGUCUGGAGCUGCUAGAGGAGCCCGUGCCAGCAGCAGUUUGCUCUGACAUGUGCCAGUUCCUGGCCAGAUGUCAAAGCCCGACAGGUGGCUUCGGUGGAGGCCCAGGUCAGCAUGCUCACCUGGCGCCCACUUACGCAGCUGUCAACGCCCUUUGCAUCCUGGGCACAGAGGAGGCCUACAGCGUCAUAAACAGAGAGAAGCUCCUGGACUUCCUGUACUCCGUGAAGCAGCCAGAUGGUUCCUUUGUGAUGCAUGUGGGCGGGGAAGUGGAUGUCAGGAGUGCAUACUGUGCGGCUUCUGUGGCUUCACUUACAAAUAUUAUCACACCCACCCUGUUUGAUGGGACCCACAAUUGGAUUAUCAGCUGUCAGAACUGGGAGGGUGGUUUAGGUGGAGUACCAGGACUUGAGGCACAUGGUGGCUACACCUUCUGUGGCACUGCUACCCUGGUGAUCCUGGGCAAAGAACAUAUGCUGGAUCUCAAAGCCUUGUUACGCUGGGUAACCAGUAGACAAAUGCGGUUUGAAGGUGGAUUCCAGGGUCGAACUAACAAGUUGGUGGAUGGGUGUUACUCCUUCUGGCAAGCAGGGAUUUUACCAUUACUCCACAGGGCUCUUUUUAAAGAAGGAGAUUCAACGCUGAGUGUGAGUAGCUGGAUGUUUGAGAGAAAAGCCCUACAGGAAUACAUCCUUCUCUGCUGCCAGAAUCCUGGUGGAGGCCUUCUGGACAAACCGGGCAAGUCUAGAGAUUUCUACCACACGUGCUACUGUUUGAGUGGACUCUCAAUAGCACAGCAUUUUGGAAAUAUAGAUCUCCAUAACGAGCUGAUCCUCGGUCAAGAUGAGAACAGACUGGCACCAACUCAUCCAAUUUACAACAUCUGCCCGGAGAAGGUUGCCCAAGCAAUUGAACACUUUCACAGGCUUCCGGUUCCUGAUCAGACAGGAGCCACACCAAGUGCGAUGGACCAGUCAUAGACUUGAACUCAUUUUGGAAAUGAGCUAGAUUGAAUGCUGUAGCCAGCCAUAUGUCCUUUGUUGGUAUGUACUACAGAUGGGGAAUAUACUCGGAGGGCCUGAUCUGCUACAGCUUCAGCAUGGGAUUUUAUCAUUUCUGGCAAGGAAUUCAUUGGAGACUUGACAAGGUGUUUUUCAUAUACCAGCCAUUGAUUUAAAUUUUAUUGUAAACAACAAUGUAUUUUGGGAUUUGGUAAAUGUUUCCCAAAGUGCUUGUGCUGUAGGUUCUGGACCGAAAUAAAGAUUU